AUGAACAGGAGUGGCCACCCCAGCGGACGGGGAACAUCAUCCAAGGCUACCGACAAUGACACCGCCGACGGGUCCACCAGCGAGUCCGUUGGCUCGCUGCUGGCCGCCAUCGCCAACUCCAUCAAUGACGCCCUCCGCCUCCUCAUGUUCGCCGACAAGGCCCACUGGGGCCCUGACGAGUUCGAGCAGGUCCGCGCCCUCGAGCACGCCCUCGACGAGGCCAAGAAGGACUUUCAGGAGCUGGGACCCUUGCUGAAGGGCUCCGUGUACUAUGAGAAUGACCGCAGGCUCGAGUCACUCGACGAGCUCGGCAACUUGUACACGGAAUUCUCGAAACAUACCCAGGUCUUCAAAGACUGGCUGCGACAAGGUGGGCCUAUAGAACCACUAUGGGUCAACGACACCGUGCGAUUGAAGCGCGAACUCCAUCGAGCGCAAUGCCGUGCUGCUGCCCGCAUAUUCGCUUCCCAGCAGGCCGACAUAGGAGAUGGGCCAGGUCAGCGAUGUCUUGGCGCAUUUGAGGUAUACAGGCGUCAACGACGACUAAACGAUCGCCGGAAGCAAUACGAGCAGCAGCAGGGACGACGGACCUCGAGAUACGAGUCGACCCGGGACGAGAUGGCACAGGCGCAAGGCAAGAAGCCCAAAAGGAUACAGAGCUGGGAGCAACAGACCCCCGUGAUGGGGACUUCUAUCGGCGAGGCGGUGGAGAUGGGCCAAAUGGGUCAGCAGAAAGUGCCCUCGAUCCAUUACAGCGAACAGCUGGACGCCGUGGAGCAGGAGGCCGAGCUGACGGAAGCGCUGGAGGAGCUCGUCCCCGUUUGCGAUACUGUCGGGCACUUUGAGCGGUUCGGAGACCGGGAUGUGGCCUUCGAAUGUGAUUUCUGCGAGGGUUUCGUUGUCUGGAACGACCUGAUGAUCAUGCCAACGAAACCGGAUACGUCCGCCAUCGCCGCGGCGGUCACGGAGCAGCCGAACUGGCAGGCCCGCGGGAAGAGCGUCUCGACCGGCGAGGACAAAACAGUCGUGUUCGCGCCUCUGGCCAUAGCGAACCACCUCGCGCCCGAAAUUGGCGGCUGGCAGGCGAGGCUGCUGUGCCCGUACUGCGACGACUACAACUACUUUGAGCAGGGCGAGGGAGACGAGACCAGAUACGCCCAGGACGAGCGCGGCUUCGGGAGCCUGGACGAGUUCCAGGCGCACCUAGAGUGGUACCAUACCUCGACUACGAUGCCGAAUCUGCCGUCGGCCAAGAAUUGCGUGCUCAUGUAG